AUGCGCAUUGUUUUACUUUUAGUUUCUUUGUUUGGUAUUACUUCCCCAAACAAAUUUGUCUCCUUUCGAAGUAAUCAGACAUAUUUGCGUGGAACAAAUUAUAUUCCUUUAUUAAAUGGAACACGACAUGCCCUAUUUGAACCAAGUUUAUAUUCAACAUGGAAAAUCGAAGAUGAAUUAACACAGAUGAAAAUCUAUGGAUAUAAUUAUGUUCGAGUAUUUCUUUCUUGUCCUUAUUUAUAUUCGGGAUUUGGACUUUCAUCACCUGGUAUUUCGAUAAAUUAUACAAAAAAUCUUGUUGAUUUUCUUCUUCGUGCAUCGAAUCAUCAAAUAUCAGUGAUGUUAACAGGUGAUUUUAAUCCAUUGAAUUAUCAAUCGAUUAUAAAUUCAUAUCCACUCCCAGCAAAUGUCACAGGAAUCAAUUUAAUUGUUUUUCAUCGUGGUCAAAUAGCAGCAAAAGCACAAUUUUUUCAAGAUCUUUUAUCUCAAAUUCGAUUGUUAAGUCAAAUUGCUUUUGAAAAUAUUUUUGCAAUUGAUAUUUUCAAUGAAAUAUCGAUAUCUGUUCAUUGUCAACCAUUUUCUUUAACAAAUGGAUUUGUUUCAUUUGAAGAUAUUCUCUAUGAUAUGUCAAAAGGUAUUGAUCGUCAACAAUUACUCGAUAUAGCUGGGAAUAUUUGGAUGGAUUCAAUAGUUAAAGCAAUAAAAUUCAUUUCAUCAAAUAUUUCUGUUACUGCAAGUCUUUUUUCUCCAAAUGCAGUUGGUCACGAUGGAUUUGAUGGUGUUGAAAUUCGACCAGUAGGUGCUGAUGAUCGAUAUCCAUUAAGAUCAGCAAGUCUUAUUAAAGGUCUUGCUGAUUAUACUGAUUUACAUGUUUAUGCGAGUAAUAAUGUUCAGAAAGAACUCGAAGGAGCCGCUCUUAGUCGUGAAAAACCAAUUCUAAUGGGAGAAACAGGUGCUUAUACAGGUGAUUUCCCAAAUGCAUCAAUUGCUGCUUUAGCAAUCAAAAAAGUCAUUAUCGACAGUUUUAAUUAUCGAUUUAAUGGAUGGGGGAUUUGGACAUGGAAUAGUGUUGAUCAAAUACCUCGUUUUUGGACAUUAACUGAACAAAAUAAUACAAUUAAUAAAGUUUUAUCACCAAGUUUUUGGCCUAUUGGUUAA